ACCCUGGUACGCACAGACUGUCUGUCAGAACUACUGAUGAAGACAUUGAAAGGAUUGAAAAUGGCUUUGUCAGAGAAUAUCAGUGAUUGGCAGCUCACAGAAUGGAAUUACUGGCAGUGAUGUGAAAGUGUGGUUGUAAAUGUAGAAUUAAAUCACCGCAAUCAGCUGCAGCUUCGGAGGCAAUGACUUCAGUAUGCCAGCUAAAGAAACUGAAAUAUGAAUUGCACUUUAUCAGGAUGAUGACGAUCCUGAAAAGACAUUUAGCUAAGACAUGCUGUUUGCUGUGAUCAACAUUAUUACAGGGGAUUUAUAGAGGAGUAAAAAGAUACAAUCUUACUCUGUACAAGAGAUCUCAUAUUUAACGUUGCUGGAUUGCUAAAGUGAUUGCCAAACUCAUUCGCUGUGUGAGGAUACAUCUUCAGAAUUGCAGAGGGUCAUUUCUGUGGAGGGAAGAGGCCUACCUGAAUCCCAGACAAGCUCAUUCACAGGCAGAGGAGCAAUGGCAAGACUCUCAGGAUUUGUUGUAUCUCUGAGGUCAUGGGCCACAAGACAUUUGCACCAUGAAGACCAAAGGCCUGAUUCUUUCCUGGAGCGUAUCCGAGGGCCAGAGCUCAUAGAAGUGUACAGUAGACAAAAUAAAAUCCAUUCCAGUCUAGACGUCCAUGAGCAGCCUGGAGGACUGAACAGGAAGAAAAAAGACAUCUUUGUGAUAGAUCCUUCAAGCAAUAUGUACUACAACUGGUUGACCAUAAUUGCAGGACCUGUGUUCUAUAACUGGUGUAUGCUUGUGUGCAGAGCCUGCUUUGAUGAGCUACAAAUUGACCAUAUUAGGUUAUGGCUGGUCUUGGACUAUUGCUCUGAUAUCAUCUAUGCUUUUGACAUGUUUGUCAGAUUCAGGACAGGCUUCCUUGAGCAAGGCUUGCUAGUUCAGGAUGAAAAGAAAUUACGAGACCAUUACACAAAAACUAUGCAGUUCAAACUGGACGUGCUCUCUCUUCUGCCAACAGACCUGGCAUACCUGAAGCUCGGUUGGAACUACCCUGAACUGCGGUUUAACCGCUUGCUGAGGAUUUCUCGGCUGUUUGAGUUUUUUGAUCGUACAGAAACCCGGACAAAUUAUCCAAACAUGUUUCGCAUUGGAAAUCUUGUCUUAUACAUUCUUAUCAUCAUCCACUGGAACGCAUGUAUAUAUUUUGCAAUUUCAAAGGUCAUUGGAUUUGGAACUGACUCUUGGGUCUACCCCAACGUGUCCACUCCAGAGUACGGGCGCCUAUCUAGAAAGUACAUUUACAGUCUGUACUGGUCAACGCUCACGCUGACGACCAUUGGAGAAACCCCACCUCCAGUGAAAGAUGAAGAGUAUCUCUUUGUGGUCAUUGACUUCCUGGUGGGUGUGCUCAUCUUUGCUACCAUUGUUGGUAACGUGGGCUCAAUGAUUUCCAACAUGAACGCCUCCAGGGCAGAGUUCCAGGCCAAAAUCGAUUCUAUUAAACAGUACAUGCAUUUCCGAAAAGUGACUAAGGAUUUGGAAGCCAGGGUUAUUAAAUGGUUUGAUUACCUCUGGACUAACAAGAAAACAGUGGAUGAGAAGGAAGUUCUUAAAAAUCUGCCCGACAAGUUGAAGGCUGAAAUUGCCAUCAAUGUCCAUUUGGACACACUGAAGAAAGUGCGUAUAUUCCAGGAUUGUGAAGCUGGACUUCUCAUUGAACUGGUGCUGAAACUGAAACCUACGGUCUUCAGUCCUGGAGACUAUAUUUGCAAAAAGGGAGAUAUUGGGAGAGAAAUGUACAUUAUCAAAGAGGGAAAAUUGGCUGUGGUGGCAGAUGAUGGCAUAACACAGUUUGUUGUCCUAAGUGAUGGCAGCUACUUUGGUGAAAUCAGCAUCCUAAACAUCAAAGGUAGCAAAUCUGGCAAUAGGAGGACAGCCAACAUAAGGAGUAUUGGUUAUUCUGAUUUGUUCUGCUUGUCUAAAGAUGAUUUAAUGGAAGCCCUCACUGAAUACCCAGAUGCCAAAAAGGCUCUGGAAGAGAAAGGGCGACAGAUUCUGAUGAAAGACAAUUUAAUAGAUGAGGAAGCAGCCAAAGCAGGAGCUGACCCAAAAGACUUGGAAGAAAAAGUUGAAAGACUUGAAACGGCUCUGGAUAUGCUACAGACCAGGUUUGCUAGGCUCUUGGCAGAAUACACCUCAUCUCAACAAAAAGUGAAGCAGAGACUUGCCAAAGUAGAAAAUAGAGUGAAAAAAUAUGGUAGUGGCACCGUCUCAGAGGCAGAGGCUGCAAAACCUGAGGAGGAGAAAAAGAACUAAUGGAAUAUUUGUAUUUUCUCAUUUCUUAGAGAAGGUUGAAGCAUGUAAAAGCCAUAAAUAUGUAUAAAUACAUGUGUGUAUACAUAGACAUGAUUAUUUUUAUAUGGCCUCCAAGGUAAUAGUUCUUAGCAUUUUUAACUAAAGCAGUAUUUUCUUGUAAAUAGAUCAUUGUUACCUUCUUAGAAGGAGAUCUUGGUCUGUCAUUUGAGUGCGUUUUUUUUUUUUUCUUUUUGUACUGGGAGUGGGUUUCUUGCAAGUCAUGCUCAGAAUGUGUGCCGUUAUGAGAUGUGUAAGUCUUCCUCUGUUAAGAAGGCAUUGUAUUUAAAGUAGAAGGGAUUGGUUUUGGAUAAGGACUUAUAAAAUAUUUAUAGGGUACACGCUCUACCUUGCUACCUUAUUAGCCUAUUAAAUACAUGGACUUACAGCCAGGCUUCUCAAAAUAUUUAUUUCUUCACACUGUGAGGCAGUCUGCACAACUUGUAGAACUGCAGCUAAGAAGUACGCACCUGGCCUAUACAGUGUACCCCUGCCUGUGUAUGAAAUAGCCAUGUACCCAGAUGCUUUUGUCAGAUUCCUUUCUACUGAGCCGGGCUGUGCACAAAGUGCCAUGCUGACAGCGCAGCGGUGAUUGAUCAUGUCUUUUCUGUCACAC